UUAAAAUCUCAAUUUUAUUUACUUCUAAAAAUGUCAAUCGAAACUGAAGAUAUUCCUCUUCCUUCAGCCCCAGUGAAGAUCACUCUAGGCGCCAAGCCCAAGUACAAAUGUAGGAUUCUUAGAAGGCCACACUGGUACAUCAACAACGUUGGAGGACUGUACAACACGAAUAUUCCUGAUCAGCAAAUUCCAUUAAAGAGUUCUCAUCUGGAUGCAAAGAUACACAACUCUUCGGUGAAGAUUCUGUAUUCCCAAAUUUACACGAACAAAGAGACUUCGCCUCUUGAGAUAGUGUACAAGUUCCCUAUUGACUCUUACUUCAGUGUCACCGGGGUUCACCUCAAGCUUGACGAUAAAGAGAUCGAAGCAGUUAUCCUAGAGAAAGAGGAAGCCAAAGAGAAAUACGACGAUGUCGUUGCCUCUGGAAAUACAGCCGCUAAGAUCAAUUAUGAUGAAAACAUCCCUGAAAUACUGGAGCUUGCCAUUGGCCAACUCCAAGCAAAGAAGAGCUUGAAGGUUACAGUAGAAAUGGUGUGCAAGUGAGAUAUUACUAUGCUUGGAUUUUAUUCCUUCAUCUUUCCUCUGAAUUUUAUUCCAAGAUAUGCCAGCUCUUCCUCUGCUAAAGCACCAAAGACUGGAGGGAAAUAUAUACAAGGAAAGUUCUCUGCAGAUAUCGACCUUGAAGCCUCUUCGGAAAUCGAAAAUUUAUGAGUUAGCCACUCUUCAAUCACAAUUGAGAAAGAUCCUUCAGGGAAGAAGGUGUCUUUGAAGUUACCUGAAAGCGGAGCUACUCAGGCACGUGAUAUAGUAGUGUCAUAUUCUACUGAAGAGAUCAGAAAGCCUCAGAUUACACUUCACCAGUCUGAUAAGCAUCCUGAUGAAGUGGUUGCCCACAUCACCUGCAUUCCUAGGAUCUCGGAUGAGCCAAACCUCUCUGAAGAUGAUGAAGAGGAGAAAAAGGAGGAAGCUAAAGAGCCUGCAGUUGUAACUAAAAUAGAGAACACUGAUGAUCCUGAUAUUGCCAGUGGCGAGUUUAUUUUUAUUCUUGAUAGAAGUGGAUCUAUGAGGGCCCAUGAUAGACUUACUCUUGCUAAAGAUGCUCUGAAGCUUUUCAUCAAAAGUUUGCCAGAUGAUAGUAUAUUUAAUAUCAUUGGAUUCGGAACCAAGUUGGAUAUCAUGCAUAAGAAAGGAAGUAUAAAAUACUCCAAAGACUCGGUCAACGAGGCGCUCCUAAAGAUAGAGUUGAUGGGGUCUGAUCUUGGUGGAACUGCUUUGAUCGAUCCUUUGGAGUUUGUCUUCAGAACUCCUGUUGAUCUCAAAUAUCCAAGAAAUAUCUUUGUUCUCACUGAUGGAGCCAUCAGGGAUACAGAUCCUGUCAUGAAGAUUGUUAAGGAAAAUAAUCAUUCUGCAAGAGUCCACUCAUUUGGAAUUGGAAAUGGGGCUUCUAAAUACCUAGUGAAAGAGCUUUCUAAAGUAGGAUUAGGAACUUGCCAGCUUAUUGCAGAUCAAGAUUCCAAGAUCAAAGGAAAAGUUAUUCAAGCUUUGAACCAAGCUUCUAAGCCAGCGCUUACAGACAUCAAAGUCGACUGGGGAGAGAAUAAUGCUGCUCUCAAUUUCCAAACUCCAAGAGCUCCAGUUUUCGGAUUUAUCUAUGAAGAAGAAAUCCUUGACUGCUAUGCUGUGUUCUCAAAGUCAGAACUAAUGGAGGGAGAUGUAAAUAUCUCAUUUUACAACACAUUUGACCAGGACAUGUCAAUUUUCACCCUGAGAUUAGAUCCUUCCACCAUCAUCGAUGAUGGUGUGAACGACUUCGUGUUCAAACUAGCUGCGAAAGAGAACAUGAACCACUUAGAAAGACUAAUUAUUCACGAUCUGACCUCCCAAGAUGACUCAAUUGGAGAUAAGAGCGUUGAAGAGAUCAUCCUAUAUAACUCCUUGAAGUACUCGGUGCUGUCAAAGAAGACAGCUUUCUUUGGUAAGAUUAAGAACAAGGACAAAUCUGGAGAGGAAAUGAAAACUAUUGAGAUUCCGAUAACCAGAAUGGUCAAUAAGAUUCCUUCCAAUAUGAUAAGAAAAGGAAUGAAAAGAGGUCCUCCAGACAUGUGAUUAAUGGCUAUGCCUAUGAUGGCAUGUGCCAAAGGAGCAGCCAAGAGAUGAAAAGGCAAACCAGCUAAGAUGCUUAAAAAAAGUAAGAAAGAAAGUAAGGUUCAUAAAGAUGAACAGAGAACGAGAAGAGCACGUGAUAAGGUCGAAGAGUUGGAUGAUGCUUUAGGUGAAGAGCUUGAUGCUUGUUUAGAAGAUGAAGAUGACGACAGUGAGGAAGAAGUGAAGCUUUGAGCACCACCAGCUACUGUUCCAAAAAGCGACUCAAAACCAUCACCUAGUCUGAAAAGCUAUGAAAUAGUAAUCCAGUACCAGGAGCCAGAGGGCUAUUUCACCAAACUUCCAGAUGCCUAUUCAUCUCCUUCUCUUUCUGAAGUCCCUUCAGAGGUAGAAGCCCUUGCCAAAGACGCUGAUGAUAUACAGAAGAUCUGGAUAACGAUCCUCGCCUUAGUUUUGCUAGAGAAGAAAUUCAAGAAGGGCAAGCAAGAAUGGGUCAUGAUCGCCAAGAAGGCAAGAAAAUUCUUGAAGAAGAAUAUGACAGAGGUGCCUGAUAUUGAAGGAUUCUUCUGACAUUUUGAGUAA